UCGACUGAACUGGGAUGCAGAGCGUGUGACUAUACUGUUGCUGGUUGUCACGUUCCUUCGCUGUCCGAGGUGCUGACGGCUGCGGGGAAAUCCGGCGCCCGACAGUGACGCCACCGCCCCUCCUAACGCAAACACCGCUACCUCAGCGAGACGGAGCGGCAUGUGCCAGAGCGUGACUCAGAGGCUUAGAGGGAGAUUCUCAUGUGUCCUGCUGGUGUGCUGAGAUGAGGAUGAGGAGGAGGAUGCUGUUGGUUCCACUGUCUCUCUGACAUCUUGAUGGCUCUUCAAGGAUGGUAGAAUGGACAAGCAUCGGUGACAUCAGAUAAGUGGGCACUCUCCCGUGCCAUGGCGCACUCGUCUGGCUCGGCCCCUCGGAAGCCCAUGACCUCCGCACAGGGGUCACACGCGGCCCCUCCCACAGUGGUACGCAAACAGCAGCAGCAGCUGCGGAGUCGCCGCAGCGACCGCUCGGCCUCGCCCAUGGGUCGCGUCAUCGUCAUCCACUCCCCAGAGGAGGGUGGUGAGGAGAGCGAGGACAUCCACACGGUAACGGUGGAUAAGAGCACGGACGGGCGGCUGGGCUUCAGCGUGAGGGGCGGCUCUGAGCACGGCCUCAGCAUCUUCGUCAGCAAGGUGGAGGACAACAGCUCUGCAGCGCACGCGGGACUGCGUGUGGGGGAUAAGCUGGUGGAGGUGAACAGCGUGAGCCUGGAGAACAUCACCAUGAGCAGCGCCGUGAAGGUUCUCACGGGGAACCAGCGGCUCCGUAUGGUGGUCCGACGCGUGGGGAAGGUGCCCGGGAUCCGCUACUCCAAGGAGAAGACCACCUGGGUGGACCUGAUCCACCGGCGGAUGGUGGUGGAGGAGGGGGGAGCGACGCCGUCGGAGUCGAGUGGGGACAGCGCCCUCCGCAGGAUCGUGCACCUCUUCACCACCUCCGACGACAGCUGCCUCGGCUUCAACAUCCGCGGGGGCAACGAGUUCGGCCUCGGCAUCUACAUCUCAAAACUGGACCCCGGUGGGUUGGCGGAGCAGAACGGCAUUAAGAUGGGCGACCAGAUCCUGGCAGCUAAUGGCGUCAGCUUCCUGGACAUCAGCCACAGCCAGGCGGUGGAGGUGCUCAAGAGCCACACCCACGUCAUGCUCACCAUCAAGGAAGCUGGGAGAUUUCCGGCCUAUAAGGAGAUGGUGGCGGAGUACAGUUGGCUCAAUCAAUCUCGCCAGUCGUCCUCCCAGGGUUCAGACUCCAUGUCCACGGCCUCCUCACUCUCCUCCGGCACCCCCCUCAGCUCCCUCAGUGGUCUCUCCCAGAUGCUGCUAGCUCCAGCCGGGGAGAGGGUGGAAACUUCCAUGCAGACAGAGGUGGCGGGGGGGUCCAGCGUGCGCAGCCGGGGACCCCUGGAGCUGCUGCAGGACACACUGAUCGGAAGCGGAGGCAGUAGCAGCCGGGGAUCGGGGAGCAGGAGCGGGGGCGAGUCCAGGAAGAACUCUCUCCUGAUGGCGCUUAGCCGACCCAGUCCACCAAUCAGACGCACGCAGAGUCACAUGACCGUAGCAGAGGAGACUCAGAGGAAGCAGAAGAAGCAGCAGGAGAGGGAGCGAGGGGCAGAGGAGAGCCCUACAGCCCUGCAGCGCUCCAAGACCUUCGUCAACUCGCUGUUCCGUGGCGUGCGCCGCAGAGACACCUCCAGGGGGCGCUCCAAGUCCCCCGCAGGUAAAGAGAAGGCUGGGCGUCGUGUCCCCGACGCUGAUGCCCUGGCUGCGUUGGCGGCGGUGGAAGACAUGUCCUGGAGACUGCUGGGAGAGGAUGAAGUGGCUGCCAUCAUGACACUCUGUGGGAGAUAUCUGACAGAUGGUAUUGUGGAAAAUCUAGUACGCCAUCUGCUGGCCAUCCUCGACCGGCCAGAGAAGCUGCUCUUACUGCGGGAGGUCAGACUACUGAUCCCCGUGGCCGAACUGGAGCUGUUCAACAGUCUGGUGGAGCCCUUUGAGCAGGAGGCCUACGACAUCCUCAAAUGCCGCUCAACGCGGUCCCCUCCUCUGCGCUCUCCACAGUGUGGCCGGACUCCACGGCGCCAGCUCAUUACGCCUGUUCCAGAUUUUCAUGGUGGAUUUGAGCUGCAACGGGCAGAGGAUGUGGAGCGAGAAAACCAGCUGAUGGAGGAGCUCCAUCGUCUAAAACUCUCUCGGGCCCAGGAGUCGCCAGAUCUCCCCCACACCACCAGAGCCUUCACCCCCCUCCUGGACGUCCCCCUGGACCUCUAUUAUGCCUCGGCCCCCACUGUCCGCAUCCGAGCCAACCCCACGCUCCCAAACUGGCUGCUGGCCGAGAGCACCAACACCACCUACCCCCGCCUGCUGGAGAAUGGCUCGGUCCAGUCCAUCUACAGUGAUGGGGAGAAGGGUCAUACUAACAUUGAGAGGGGGAGGAUGCCAUUCAGGAGCGGGGGAAAGGACAGGAUCAAAGAGGAGAGCGAGAGAGAAGAGGAAGAUGAGGAUGAGGAUGUGCCAGUGUUUACAGUGGGGAGUGCGCCCAAGUAUAAAAGGCCACCGCUCUCACAGGUGUUCAGGGUUCAGGAGAGCUCGGAUUCGGACUCGAUGGCGCCCCCUGUGGUUUCGGUGGGAGAGAGGCAGCUAAAUGGGCAGGGACAGAACAGUGCAGCGGUGUGUGAACAGGACUACGAGUUCACCACGGUUUGCAUCUCCAAGACCAAGCAAUCUUUAGGAAUCAGUAUUUCUGGCGGUGUGGAGUCCAAGGUGCAGCCGGUGGUGAAGAUCGAGAAGAUUUUCCCAGGAGGAGCAGCCUCCACCAGUGAAGUCCUCAGGGCUGGCUAUGAGCUGGUGUCGGUGGACGGCGUGUCCCUGGCCGGGGUGACCCAUCAGCAGGCAGUGGACAUCAUCCGCCAGGCCUUCAGCCACAAGGCCAAGGACCCCAUGGAGCUCAUGGUCAAAGUCCCCAAGGGUCCCUGAGCCGCAGCCUGGGACAGGCACACACACACCACCCACCCGCUGGGCUCUCCACCCACCUGGACCAGCAGGCUGACGGGCCAGACCAGAACAGACCGCAGACCGUAGUAGGGGACUCUGGCAGUAGGAGCUAAAUGGAGGAAGGCCCCACAGGGAAACAGUACCAUUGGCUGGCUAGCAAAUGGCAGGUUGGCCCUCUAGAAACAGAGAGAGGGAGAGAGAGAUUUGGAGAAACUGAGAUAAGCAUUUUCCAAUAUCUCAAAGGCAGUGAAUAUGGAUCUGAAGACGUUGUAGCUCCUUUGUUGACUAUGUUGUGUAUGGUGAAGAUGGUGCAGCUGUGUGGGACUGCAGUGCACACGGAGCUUUAGGGGUUCGGAGACCAGAGGCUACUGAAAGCUACU